AUUCUCUACCCUACAGAAAAUGCCAUUUGAUAUACUUUCGAAUUCGAUUGAUUCACUACGAGACAGUGUAGUCUUGUUACAGAAAUGCGAUGGCUUACUCCAAACAACCAUCAAUAAAGUCAGCUAUCGAAAUAAAAUCGCUACACGACAAGUGUUUGGAUUGACCACCCAACUGGACCUAAAUGAUGCCAAAUUACAUUUCAGAAACAACAUACAUCAACAAUUGAGAAAAAACACCCACACUAUCAACCAUCUCAUGCAAGAAUUAACCAGAAGGAAAUCAAGCUUGGAGAAUUUGCGAGUGCAACAAAGUAAAGUGAUUGAUCACUAUGAUGAUGUUGAUGAUUUAAUUAAACAAUUUGAAAAACUGAAGACAGUUGACAGGUUGAAACUUCGGAAAUUGAUCAUGUUGAAAGAAAAGAAAGAAAGAUUGAAGUAUACUUUAGCAAGAAGUAGUGGUAGUACGUUUAAUUAGGGUAUGUAGUAUACAGUGUAUAAAAACAAAAUGUAAUACAGGUGUAAUAAUACUUGAUAAGGUUGAAUGUUUAUCUUCCGAAGCUCUCUCCAUUUUCAUAAUUGAUACCAUCAGUGAGUCUCUCUAAAUAUAUAACUGCUAACUAUAUGGAACAAUCUCUCAAAGUUCUAUAAAAAAAAUAAUUGAACAAGAGAUUAGUAGGAGAAGAAAGUAUAUCAAGCCCUACCAAGAAAAGUUUCAUGUUCCAACUAUUGAAAGAACAUUCAAAGGGUUAACAAGAGUAACCUUUGCAACUGAGUCAACCCAUAGCUCGGAUAUUUU